GUUGGGAGCGCUUCCGCCUUAGCUACGUUCGGUGCUGGCACUCGCGCUCGCCGAGUUGCCGGGAAUUCCGCGAUCCUGUUCCCGGGUGGCGCAGUCCUCCUCAUCCUGGAGCUUGCCGAGCAGAGGCCUCUGAAGCUCCGCGAGCCUGAGCACAGCCCUCUGCUGGAGAGGAGCAAUCGAUCUUUCUGCCCUGAAGGGCCGGCCCGACCUCCUUCCUCUGACUCGCGGUACUCAGGCUCUCCAGGUUUUUGCUUUUCCAAACAGAAAGGGCAGUGCAUGAAGCCAGGAGUCAUCAGCCAUUCUCCAGACAUUGUCCCAGGACACGCCCUCCCUGAAGUUCAGGCCCCUCCCUUUGCCUCCAGCUAGGGCUUGAGAAGAAGCCUGUUGUUUCAGGAGCCAGUGACCUUUGAGGACGUGGCUGUGUACUUCACCCAGAACCAAUGGGCCAGCCUGGUCUCUGCGCAGAGGGCUCUGUACAGGGAGGUGAUGCUGGAGAAUUACGCAAACAUAACUUCCUUGGAUCUGAUCUUCUGGCUGGAGCGACGGGAAGAACCAGGGCACCUGGAUCCCUGGACACUGGUCGGGAGAGAGCACCCGAGAGGUACCUGCAGAGGUGGUGAAACCAAGACAGAACGGAGGGCAGACUGCAGAGCUGGGCAUUUCAAAGGGACCAGAGUCUCACAAGUUGAUAACGGAGGUGCUGCUGGUGGAUGUUCCCAGGCACCCUCUCUUUGAGAACAGCUUAGAGAAGCUGCAGCUGUUUGACCCAGGGAAGGAAAAAUACUCAAAGAACGGUGAUUUCACAGAUUUGCCAGUCCAGGAUCAUCCAUCCUCCACUGUUGAAAGAGAAGAGAUAGCCAGACAAUUGGAAGGAAGCUGUGGUAUCUGCAUGCAUCUCAUUAUUAAGCAGGGCCUCCCUAGAGAACAGGUAUUUUAUAAUUGUGGUGAGUGUGGCAGAUAUUUCAACCAACAUUCAGACCUUCACCAGCAUCAGAGAAUUCAGAUGGACAAGAGGCCCUACAAAUGCAAAGAAUGUGGCAAAGCCUUCAGCUAUAACUCAAAACUGUCACGGCACCAGAAGAUCCACACUGGGGAGAAACCGUACCCUUGCCAGGAAUGUGGACAAGCCUUCAGUCAAAACUUGCACCUCCUUCAGCAUCAGAAACUCCACGGGGGAGAGAAGCCCUACGAAUGUAAGGACUGUGGGAAAACCUUCAGCUACAACUCAAAACUUAUCCGGCAUCAGUGAAUCCACACUGGGGAGAAACCCUUUAAGUGUAAGGAAUGUGGGAAGGCUUUUGGGUGUAACUAUGACCGCGUCAUCCAUGAGCGAAUUCACACUGGGGAGAAGCCAUACGAAUGUAAGGAGUGUGGGAAAAGCUUCAGUUCAAAUUCAGUCCUGAUUCAGCAUCAGAGGAUCCACACCAGGGAGAAACCUUACAAAAGUAAGGAGUGCAGCAAGGCUUUCCGCCGAAGUUCACUGUUUCUCCAGCACCAGAGGUUCCACACUGGGGAAAAGCUCUAUAAAUGUAAUGAAUGUUGGAAAACUUUCAGUUGUAGCUCAUGCUUUAUAGUACAUCAGAGAAUCCACACUGGGGAGAAACCUUAUGAAUGCCAGGAGUGUGGGAAGGCGUUCAAUCAGAAAAUCACCCUGGUUCAGCACUAGCAAGAUCACACUGGGGAGAAACCUUAUGAGUGUAAAGUGUGUGGGAAAUCCUUCAGAUGGAGCACAAGUUUCAUUCACCAUCAGAAACUGCACACCAGGAAGAAACCCGACCAAGUUACAAGGCCAUCCCCGGUGAAGCCCUGCCGCCCCCACUUCAGUCCUAUCCCCUCCGUCUCCCCAACAUGCACGACCUGCCCCAGCCACGCCAGGGGCUCCCCUGUCUUGUCCACGGGCACCGCUGCCUCCUCCUUCUGUGCCUCUCUUCCUGUUGCUCUUGUUAACUUGUUAACAAGAUGCCAAGAUCUGAAUAGAUUAAGGCGUCAACAGUACCGCGACACGCCGCCCCUAGUCGGCUCAGCGGUUGGAGCACAAGGGCGGAGGGACCAGCCCCUAGCGCUGCGUAACGGCGCCCACUAG